AUAUUAAAUGAGUUAUAGAUAAAAAAGAGUAAAACCUGGGAGGCCAAGUAAAACAAAUCAACAAGAAAACGAAGAAAUGCUAAGAUCAUCUGAUGAUGAUAAUGAAUAUAUAGCAGAUGAUUCUGAUUGCGAAAAAAUAUUCUCUUUAUUUGCUAGAUAAAGCAGCUAUAAAAAUAUCACUAAAACAGGACCAACUAAAGCUAAAAAAGCAGAUGAAGAAUAAUUAGGUGAAGUGGCUGAAAAUAUUAAAAAGGCACUUGAAGAAUUAUAAAUUGAGAAUUUAUAAUUCUUUUUUUUGUCUAAUAAAAAAAGAAACUAUGAAUUCUAAGGUGAAAAAUUGGUUGAUAAGACUUAAUAUAAGUUGAUUAAUGAAAAUCUAUUUGAUCAAUAAUUUAAAACUUUGAUUCAUAAAAUGAAUAUUGUUAAUAAAGAAUUAUCUGAAGAAUUUAUUGAUGUAUUACAAGAGAUUUUAAUUUAAUAUUCUACUUUAACUAUUUAAGAAGAGGAUUCAAAAUCUGUUAUUGAUAAAAUUAUUCUACAUAUUUAAAAUCCAGAAAAUAAAGAAAAAUUUAAAUAUUUAUUAAAUUGGUAAAAAUUAAAAAACAUAACAAAAGAAACUCGUAUGAAGAGAGCAUUUGAAGAUUUAGAAGAAAAACGCAAUGAAAUUAAUAAAAAAACAUCUGACAAAGUUAAAAGAAAACAUUAAGAAUUUAUUGAUAGCCAGAAAAGAGAAUUAGAUGAAGAAAAUACUUUAGAACCACUUUUAUAUUUAAUAACAAAGUUAGUUGAAGCAUUUUGUAAAAUUAUGGGAAGAUGA